AACGGCUCUGAUACUUGAGUAGUACAUCAUGCCAAGGGCAAAGAACAAGCGUCACAUUUUACAUCCACAAGCAGUUCAGCCUACCCGAAGUGCAGGACAACGUCAGCGAUCAGGAGGACUCCCAGCGAGAGGUACGACUGGUUCUGUCGCCGACAACGUUUUGGCCAAGCGAGCGAUCGUCGAGGCCUUACAGAAGUCUUACCAGACACACGAACGAACAGUAGAUGCGGCUUCUAUGUCCAAGUACAUGAGAAACCAGUUUGCAUUCUAUGGCUUGAGAUGUCCACAGAGGAGAGAACUAGACAGGCAGGUCUUGUCUAGGCAAAGGUCAUUCGAUCAGGGUCUACUAACGUCCAUUGCUACUGAACUAUGGCAGAAAGAUCAGCGAGAGUUUCAGUACUUUGUUGUAGAUUUGCUGUCAAAGAAGGUGAGAGACUUUGUUGGUUCAAGUAGCAGUCACUUCAAGCAAGCAUCAUCAUGUUUAUUGAUAUUGCUGACUACUAAGAGCUGGUGGGAUACGGUGGAUCUUUUAGCAUCUGGUGUUGUGGGACCUUUAGUAAUGAAACACGGUUCUGUUGGUAUUGAUCUUGUGGAGGAAUGGAUUCAGGGGGAUAACAUGUGGUUGAGGAGAACUGCAUUGUUGCAUCAACUGAAAUACAAGGAGAAAACAGAUUCUGAUCGUCUGUUUCGGUUUUGCUUGCAGUGUGCCCAUGAAGAAGAAGUGUUCAUUCGAAAAGCCAUUGGGUGGGCAUUGAGGGAGUAUCAUAAAGUCGAUCCUGGAGCCGUGGAACGCUUUGUGAGGAGAAAUGCAAGCAAUCUGUCAGCACUGAGCAAGAAAGAAGCACUGAAGCACACAUAGAGGUCAUUGUCAGCUAGUGAUUAUUGACAUGUUAAUUUAAGGAGUAGAUUAUACAGUAAGUUUUUACAUUGGCGACACAGAAACACAGCUGUCAUUGGUAAUAGCUACUGAAAAUGAAGUUACAAGAUUUGCCAUAGGAACGUGUUGUAAACCUUAUGUAGUCUAGUUGAUUGACUAAUAGUGGCUGAUCUAGAUGGUGGGAAAUACUUUGUGUGAUUUUAUUCUGAGUCUUAUAGCAGC